CUAACGGGGUUUCCCGUCCUCAGACGUUCCGGCCGGCUGCCAUGGUGAUCGAGCGGUCAGCUGACUUCGGGAAGACGUGGAAGGUUUACCGGUACUUUGCCUACGACUGCGAGACCUCGUUCCCGUCGGUCUCCCAUGGGCCGAUGCAGAAGGUCGACGACGUCAUCUGUGACUCGCGUUACUCGGACAUCGAGCCGUCCACCGAAGGAGAGGUGAUUUUCCGAGUCCUGGACCCAGUAUUUAGGAUUGAUGACCCCUACAGCCCCCGAAUCCAGAACAUGUUGAAGAUCACGGACCUGCGGGUGAAGUUCACCAAGCUGCACACGCUGGGGGACAACCUGCUGGACUCCCGCAUGGAGAUCAAGGAGAAGUACUACUACGCCAUCUUCGACAUGGUGGUCCGAGGAAACUGCUUCUGCUACGGACACGCCUCCGAGUGUGCCCCGGUCCAGGGAGCCGGACAGGCCACCGAGGGCAUGGUCCACGGUCACUGCAUGUGUAACCACAACACCAAAGGUCUGAACUGUGAGCAGUGUCAGGACUUCUACCACGAGUUGCCAUGGCGACCAGCCGAGGGACGCAACACCAACGCCUGCAAGAAGUGUAACUGUAACCAGCACUCCAACUCGUGUCAUUUCGACAUGGCAAUGUUCGUGGCUUCAGGAAACGUCAGCGGGGGGGUCUGUGACGAGUGUCAGCACAACACUGCUGGACACAACUGUGAGCAGUGUCAACCCUUUUUCUACCAAAACCCAGAGAGGGACGUCCGAGACCCCAACAUCUGCCAGCCCUGUAACUGCGACCCCCUGGGCUCUCUGAAUGGGGGGCUCUGCGACGGCCUGACUGACGUUCGGCUUGGUCUAAUCGCUGGUCAGUGUCGCUGUAAAAGCAACGUGGAAGGAGAGCGCUGCGAGCGCUGCAGACCAGCACACUACGGGCUGGGGGGCACGCCUGAAGGCUGUACAGAAAGGACGGCCUGCAGCAGGGCCCCGCCCCACAGCUUUACAACAUCUAACCCUGCAUAA